UUCUCUCUCUCGCUCUGGGUCGACAUGGCGGCGCCCGCCGCUAGGACGCCGCCGGCCCGGAGUCCGUGGCCGGCCGCGUGAGGAGGUGGUGGACUGACUGUCUGAAGCAUGAGCUGGGUCCGGGCCACCCUGCUGGCCCGAGGCCUUUCCAAGGCCUGGGGAGGCAUCGGUGGGACUCCCCUCCCGGGAGCCCCCUUCUCUCAGGGGCCCCUCCAGGCCCCACGAGGCCUCCACUGUGGCGUAGCUGCUCCCCGCGAGGAGACGUCCCUGGCGCCCCGCCCGCCUGAGCCCCCGCGGAAGCCAGUCCAGGCCCCCCAGCCCCACGCGGAGCUGUUCGGAGCGCCGGGGGCGGAUCGGAGCAAGGGGAGCUUCCUGCGCGCCCUGCAGAGCUUUUCCCAGUACAGCGUGCGCAGGCGCGGCCACGUGGACUUCAUCUACUUGGCCCUGAGCAAGAUGCGGGAGUUCGGCGUGGAGCGGGACCUGGCAGCCUACAACCAGCUGCUGGACGUCUUCCCCAAGGAGGUCUUCCGGCCCCGCAACGUCUUCCAGCGCAUCUUCGUCCACUACCCGCGGCAGCAGGAGUGCGGGAUCGCGGUCCUGGAGCAGAUGGAGAAAUUCGGCGUCAUGCCCAACAAAGACACGGAGUUCCUGCUGAUUCAGAUAUUUGGACGCAAAAGCUACCCCAUGCUCAAGUACCUGCGUAUGAGGCUGUGGUUCACCCGAUUCCAAAACAUCAACCCGUUCCCCGUGCCUCGCGAGCUGCCCCAGGAUCCUGUGGACCUGGCCAGGCUGGGCCUGCGGCACGUGGAGCCUGACCUCAGCGCACAGGUCACCAUCUACCAGAUGUCUUUGCCCAAUGACAUGACAAGGACAGAGGAGGCCACGAAACCCCACAUUGUAGGAAUCCAGAGUCCGGAUCAGAAGGCUGCCCUGGCCCGCCACGACCCAGCCCGGCCUGUCUUUGUGGAGGGCCCCUUCUCCCUGUGGCUCCAUAAUAAGUGUGUGUAUUACCACAUCCUCAGAGCUGACCCGCUGCCCCCUGAGGAGAGGGAAGUGGAGGAGAUCCCUGAGGAAUGGAAUCUCUACUAUCCCAUGAAGCUGGACCUGGAGUAUGGCCGGGGCGGCUGGGAUGACUAUGAGUUUGACAUUGAUGAAGUGGAAGAAGGUCCGAUCUUCGCCAUGUGCAUGGCAGGUGCCCACGACCAGGCCACACUAGCCAAGUGGAUCCAGGGCCUGCAGGAGACCAACCCAGCCCUGGCCCAGAUCCCUGUGGUCUUCCGCUUGUCAGGAGUUUCAGGGGAGCUCCUGACACCCACAGGGAUGGAGGAGCCGACUGGACCCUUUUCUGAGAGCCACCAGGACACUGACGACCAUCAACAGCCACAGCAGCAGAGUCACGGGGGAUCCUGAGCACAGGCAGCGGCUCAUGGAGGCUGUGGACCGCGGGUGAACUUUUGAGUGUACAGCAAAUAAAAAUAUUGUUGCCUGGG